UUGUAGUAACGGCACGGCAGAUAGCGACCAAGUUGUUGGUGAAGCCACGGUAAUUAACAUAAAACCACACAUAUAAUGUCUUACAUGCACUUGUUAUGCAAGGCACAUACUUGUUUCAGUUGGCGUCACAGUUGUCAGACAAUGUAAACUAUAAAUAUGUGAACAGUUUGAAGCAAGCGUGGCAAGCAGUCAUUAAGAGUGUUAGCUAGUUAGCUUAAAAAGUGCGUGUACUGUAGUUGAGCCACGCUGAAAACUUUCACUACCAUGAGCAAAAAGACAACUUCACCGGAGUCAGGCAAAAACGUAAAGCUUUUGGGACAUGAAAGUGAUAAUUUGAACCUGCCACCUCCCCCAGAAGAGAAGCUGGAAGUUUCUAUCUACGACUCAAACAACAUUAAACAGCUUGUAAACGAGUUCAAGGGACUCCACGUGCAGAGAUUGACAUGUCUCGAGCUGGACACCACUUUAAACAAAGAGGAACGGCAGCAGAAGAAAGUGAAUUUCCUGUGGUCUUAUGCGAAUGACCUCGUAGAGCAGAACCAGGUGCUGGUCGAGACCGUUGAGGAUCUGCAGAUGGAAGCUGACAACAAGGUUUCCUGUCGGGGAAUGAAGCUCCACGCCUCAGAUCCCAUCCUGAACGUGUCUGAGGCUGAUCUGAGGACUUUGUUUCUGGAUGAGCUUGUUGGACCUGCGGCUAACAUCCCACACAGCUCUGUCUCCUUGGUUCAGAUCACAUCGGAGUUAGAAGACUUGAAAAUCCAGUUGCAAACCAAGGACAUGGUCAUCUGUGAUCUGGAGAGGACGCUCGGAGAGAAUUCGCAGCAGAGGCAAAAGACACUGGAGAGCCGUGAGAGGCUGGAGCUCCUGCAGAGUGAGCUCUCAUGUCUGCAGAGGAUCCACAAAGACAACAUGAAGGAGAUCACAGAGAGAGGCGUCUGCAUCACCAAACUGCAGGCGGCCUCUGAGCUGCUGCGACGACAAGAGGGCGACGACACACGCACUCAGCUCUCCAAGCUGAAUGAAAGAGCGAGGGAGCUUCAGGAGGAACUUAGGAGGAAAGAGGAGGAAUGGAGGCAAAGAGAAAACGAGCAGAAGCUGAAAUAUGAAAAGCAGCAUGAAGAAGCAGAGGAGAGGGGGAGGCAGGAGCAGCAGAAGAGAGAGGAGGAGUGGGUGAGGAAGGUGGAUGAAGAAAGGAAGACCCAUGCUCAGGCUGUUGGACAGUUGGCCAAAAAGGCAGAUGUCCUGAAAUCUGAGUCGGCGGUCAGCAGGAAGCAGGUGGAGCGGCAGCAGAAGGAGCUGUCAGGGUCCCGUCAGAAGGAGGAGGCGCUUCUCUCUGAGGCCGAGGCCAAAAUGGAGUCUUUAAGGGGCGGGCUUGGCGCUUUAUUUGAGAGACGGAUGGAGGAGAAAGAGGAAAUAAAUAACCACCUAACUGAAGAGCUGAAUACAGCAAGACUAAAGAUGAAGGAGAGAGAGGAGGAUGUGGUUGGACUGCGAGCCACACAGGACUCUCUGAAGGGAACCUUGGCUCUGAAGGAGAAACACACACAACAGCUGCUCCACGACAACACACAGCUCAAAGAAAGCCUGUCUUCACUGCAGAGCAAAUUACAAACGACAAGUGAAACCCUGGAUCAAACCAGGAAGAGUCUGGACACGGAACAACAGCAGAUCCAAAAGCAGUUGCACCAUGCCAACAAAGCGAGGAAGCAUCUGCAGCAGGAGCUAACACAUGCACGUCACACCGCUGAAAAGAAGAUUCAGAAGAGGGAGAUGAAGACGUGCGCGCUGGCGAAGCAGCUCUCUGAAUGUCAGGAAGAGUUGCUCCAGAAAGAUAUGGCUUUAGAGGAACUGUGCGAGGAGAGGGAAGAGCUGAGAGCCAAGAUGGAGGACCGGAGCAGAGAGUGUGUCCACCUCCACCAGACCAAAGAGAGACUGGAGGCUGACUUGGCUCUGAGCCACGAGAAGAUCCACACCUCACACCUGGAGGUUCGAAGCAGAGAUCAGUUCAUUCUGCAGCUAAGAGCUGAAAUGAAGACAGCUGAACAGAAACAUCAGAGGGAACAGGAACCGGUGGCAGUGCUGGAGGGUGAGGUUAGACACUUGAAACACAAGGUCAGAGGACACCAUGAAGAGAAGUUCCAGUUAAUCGAAAAGGUCAGGGACAUCGAGCGCCUCGUAGACCAAAAGGAGAAAGAACAGCAGCAGCUACAUGAACAGCUGCAUGAUGGUCAGCAACAGGUCGAGACAUUCAAAGGGAAGCUGAAGAAGCAGGAGGUUGAGACUGAACUUCUUCAUGAGCAGCUGAGAGGAGCCAGUUUACAAGCCCAGGAGCAGAAAGAAACGGCAGCCAUUUUUAGACAAAAGUACACCGCAGCAAUGGAGAAGGUGCAUCGGGUGCAAGGGCAGGUGGAGCAUUUGGAAGAGGAACUACAGUAUUCACAGCAUCAGCUAAGAGAUUCCAAAUUGGCAACUGAUUCAGUGAGAGAGGAGCUAGCCGAGAUGGAGCAGCGGUACCAGGAGAAGGUCAACCAGUGGGAGAACUCGCAGGAGGCUCUGGACCAGCUGACGGAUGAGCUCCAGGCCAAUCAGCAUCUACUGAGGGAGAGUCAACAAAAAGAGGACCAUCUAAAAGGCCUGAUUGGAUCUAUGCAGGAGCAAAAAGACGCACUCAAACAGCAAAAACUGAUGUUGGAGUGUGACCUAAAGCUUUUUCAACAGAGUCAUUCCCAUUCGGACGAGGAGUACGUUCACCAACUAAAACACCAUCAGCAGCUACAGAAGCGCUGCACGGAGCAGGUUGAGAGCCUUGCGCGGUGUGAAAAGGCUAUUCUUCAGAUGAAGUCAGAGCUAGAGAGACAAGCUCAGGAUAAAGUCUGUCUGAAGAGAAGUCUUCUCGCGUCCCACCAUACGCACGUGAUCGAUCGCAGCCAGCUGGAACAGGAAGCGAUUCAUCUGAAAAAUGAAGUGACACGCGUAGAGCUUGAGCUGGCUGACACUCAAAAGGUACAUGUGGCACUUCUCAGACAGUCAGAGGAGGAGCUGAAGGAGGCCAGACGAGAGGUGGAGGUUCAGAGAGAGGAGACGCAGAGGCUUCAGGAGGAGAUACUGAAGGAGGAGGAGAAGAGGAGGAGCGCCAUCAGAGAGAAACAGAGUCUGAGCGCUUGUGUCAGACAGUUGAGCCGAGAAAUGGAGGAGCUACGCAGCAAGCAGCAAGUGACAGAGGAGGAGUUGGCAGCCCGUGCAGAGGAGGCGAGGCGGAUGGAGGGGUGCCUGAAUGAGGGAAAGCUAGCAGAGGGGAAAAUAAGGUCUGUGGCUGUGAGGCUGGAGUCUGAGGUUUUGGAGCUCAAGAGGAAUCUUCAGCAGGCUGUCGAUCACAAACUGGAGGCAGAGCGGGAGAAGCAGGAAGCGCAAGAACAGCUGAAAGAGACACUGAUCGGCAAAGAAAACCUCCGCUGUGAGAGCCAGCUGGUCCUGACUAAUGUCAACCGCUGGAUCAGUGAACAAAGAAGUUUUUCUUGUUAUUAUAGGGCUUCCAACGAGAGCCUCUCUGCUCAGAUGAAGGCCCAAAACAAGAUGCUGCUCAUCCUCACUGAAGAGAAAGCACAUCUUCAGGGCGCUAAUAACACGCUGAAGGCGGAGGUAAAGAGACUGAAAGAAACCGUGGAUAAGAAGCAGAGAGACAUGGAGCGCUUCAAGGCCCGGAUCCGAGACCAGGGCAUCCGGCAAGACGACAGAACCUUAGAAAAGCAGGGCUGCGUUGCUCAAAAUCUCAGCAAAAUGGAGGACAUGCAGACCAGACUGCGAAGCAACCUGGAGGCCGUUGGAAUGCUAAAUCAACAACUAACCUCCCUCAGCAGGGAGAACAAGCAGUUGCAUAGGCAGCUGGAGGAGGAGAAUUCUAAGCGUAGACAAGUGGCCCUGCCUCCUCCUCCCCCCUCCCAGCAGUCCUCCUCAGUCCACCUCCCUCCGCCUCCUCCUCCUCCUUUGGGCCUGGACACAGUGACAGGGGACAUUGAUGGGAUUCUAACCCAGACCAAGGCUAGGGAGAGCAGGUGAGUCCCAGGCUUUGGGGGUUCAGGAUCAGGCCCCCUGCCUCUCUGCAUGGUGCUUGGUCUGGCAGGACAAGCAGGGAUCUGAACAAAUGAAGCCCCCUGAAGACUUUGACCUGUCGAGACCUCUUGACCUGCAGCUCCUCACCAGGGAGUGCGCUCGGUUUGAGGUUAAUGUCCUGCAGGUCAAAGUCAAGUCCCAGGGUGCCUUUUGCCUGAGGGGCGCUCCAGAACCGGGGAAUGAUGAUGGAAUUCCCUCAAAUCGUCAAAAAUCAAACAUUUCUCUACUGCUGUGCCAUGAAGAGAUUAUUUCAUAGAACAUUCACACCUCUUAACAUUUGAAAUCUGAUACUGAAGUGAUGCCAACCUUAAAAUGCUGCAAUGAUAUGAGCAAUUGCAGCUAAUAACGGUAGCAAUUAUUUCUUUAAAUAAUCUUCAAUUGCAACAAAACUGUAGCACUAAGCACUAAAAUACACCUUCACUGCACUUAUUUGUAAAUCCAGACAGUCCUGAUGAACUAUAAUCAAUUUAUUUCAACUAAAAUGAACUAAUAAGACUCAUUGCAAUUCUUAAGUGUCUUACACUAGAGGAGAGUUUAGGGCACAUCAUCAGUAUCCACAGACGCAGCUCAGAUGUGGAUGGCUGUACCACAGUCUCUGAUUACUCUGCAGCUGUGCGCCAUGUGUCCUGCAUCUACUGCGGUGAAUGUGUCCGUACGUCUUUAUGCGAGUACAUUAUGUGUCUGCGUGCUUCUGCCUCUCUGAAAGUACCUGUGGGGGAGUGUGUGCUCAUGAGUGAUUGAGUAUAUUAGUUGUUUAUUGUAGUAGAUGUUGUUUUAUAUUUCAAAAACUAUUUAUUGAUUUCUCUCUUGUCGCUGUGUUUGGAGCCCAUGUGUUGUAACGACGGGAAAAUAAAAACGCGGGCGUACAUUC